CGUGGUUUAUAAGUUAAGGGGCGUAGUAAACGGCGUGAAUGUUACAUACUACCUACCUAACCUUAGGUAGGUAUGUGGUGAGUUUAAUGAGGCUUUCCUCUUUGGUUUUGUAACGGAUAUAUGCGUAUCCAAACGAUUGGUGUUGAAACCCCUAGUAGUUAUGAGAUCUAUAUAUCCAAAGGCCAACGCGUAUUGGCCAUCUGGAAGUUAGGUCAUCGUGUGGUCCAGGAGAAAUAUAUAGAUCAUACCUGCGCUACGAUCUAAAACUGGCUUCGUACUUGAUACCGAUUCGUACUUGAUACCGAUUUUAAUACUACGAUAAGACACAACUCACGAAAUAGCCAUGAUGAGUAUGGGGAGCAACUACAUCAAACUUGCUAAGCCCAAGCUUCGCAAGUUGGGUUCAGCCAGCAAGUUCCGUCUUGCAUCAUCGACAUCAACCCAACAGAAAAGCUCAGAUACUAAUCCCGAGUGCAAAUCGACUUCUCCUGAGCCGGAGAGAGAACCAAUAGAAGCUUUUUUCGCGAAAUAUCCACGCUUCACUCACGACAAGACCUUGCCGCUAUGGGGCCAGUUUGCUUCGCUUUGCAAGCACUAUAAAUGGGGUAAGAAAACCAAGGAGAAGAAGAUCGCUCGGAGUUCCUUUGGGACCGCCAUCACUUCAGAGUUUGGAAGGCUGUGUGGAACCGAAGACGAGUCUCUAUCAUCGUGGCAGAAGUUCUUCCGUGCUCUCGAUGUUUCUCCUACCCCUGAUACGAUAUGUGCUUGUCGACAGAAAGUGCGAUCCUUGCAUAUUAACAUCGUGGACCUACUGGAGUGUCAACGAAAGGGUGGACAUCCUGAUAAAUUUGCGACCCUCGAAGAACUUAGAGGCUACACUCUAGUUAAUGACAAAGUCUUCCCUAAGGAUGUAGCUAAGGCUAACGGCUUAUUACGACAUCUGCUGCGGAGGAUAUUGUGAAAGAAUUGAGAUAGGUGCUGUAUAAGGAAUCUUUGACAAUGGCGGGCUUUCGAAGUCUCUUAUUAUUUCUAGAAUGCC